GGCUUCUUAAACUUAUUUGUGAACUUGAGCCUCUAGUCGUACACUGGAAUAUAGGAUGGGAAGCAACUUGAUUGAUUUCUGCUAAUUCUGUGUAAAUAAUCGCCACGGGCCUUUACAGAAUCUCGAUAGUUGUACGAAAAUACCACAUUGACAAAGUGAGUACAGCUUUGUUUGUUGGUAGUCCUCGGUUUUCCCACGGUAUACGUACUUAGUAUAUUAAAAUUACCGUAAGAAAUAUAUAUAUGUAGCUUUUGUAUUUGUUCUUCAUUCUGAUCAUGGGCCACGCCUCUUAUGGAUGUUGUUUUCAAUUUACCAUUACCUCCUUGGACCUUUUGACUUUUUAUCCACUUUCAGUUCUUUCAGUAUGACAUUACUAUUCCUUGACCACUCGGAUGCUUCUAUUUGACACCUUACGCUUAUUGCUCU